AUGUUAUUAAGGCAGGGACACAAAAUUUUUAACUUGCAAGCUUUAUCAGUAGAACUCAAGUUGAUCUUCCAGAAGAAUUAUUUGAGUUUGAACGCCUUCAACAUUAUAAAUCAAGUUGUAUUGGUGGCAUUAACAACGGACAGUGAGAAAAUAUUAAAAAUAAUGUUGAAAAUUAAGACCAAAUUCUUGAUAACGAAUAAGUUUAUCACAGAAAAUGUUGAACAUUAA